AUGGCAGAACAACCCCAGAAUUACAAUUACGCACCCUCUGCACAGGACCAGAAUUCAGCUCCGCCUGGUAACACUAUUGCUAGCACUCAGCCCGCAGCGUCGCUGUCUGCGAACAUGUCUUCCUUCGGCCAGCAAGGUCAAGACCAACCUCAGGGCGCAGGAAAUUCAUAUCCGGUGCCGCCGCCGCCACCGCCGCCACCGCGACCACACCAAGGUCAAGGGACCAGUUCUCCAAUCCCGUUACCGGUACGGCCAGAUACAGGACCGGCGCCGGUAGAGCACGCUUAUGAACCUCCUCCACCGCCUCUUCCGCAGCGGCCUCGGGGGAGUUUGGAUGUUAAGGGGCAGAAUCUUCUUCAACAGCCUCAGCCUCAUGGGGAUCACUUGAGCGAGUAUGCUCAGCAGUAUCCUCCAUCUCAGCCUCCAGCCUAUACACAACAGCCCUCAUCAUAUCAGCCUGCCACCACAGACCAACCACCAUUCCAACCAAACCCUCAAUCACAAUUUCAACCAGGCCAACCACCAUUCCAAUCAAACCUUCAAUCACAAUUUCAACCACCCCCACAGCGUCACAAACAAACCUUUGCCGACAACGAUGACCCUUCCAACCCGAUCCACUAUAUCCGCGAUCCCCACAAGUUGAUCGGGUAUCUGGUACCGUUCCCACAACCCGAUCUACCCAACGUGAAGCCCGAAGACAUUCCCGUACGGUUCAUGAUCUACACGCCACCCCCUCCGCCGCUCCAGAAACCGGCCGAAGGGCAGAAGGAAGGCAAACUGCACAAAGUGCAACGGAAAUGGCAGGAGGAAGUGCGGAGUGCCAAAACCAGCACGGCCAAAACGGCAUCAUGGCAGGGCGUCAAAUCCAAGGCCACCAAAGGCAUCAGCUGGGCCAUGAACAAGACCACAUCCUCCAACCUCGACUUCCUGGGCCGCGUGUCACCGGCACAUUCCGAAGAUGACGGCGAGGACCAGCAAACCCAGACCCACAAGACGGUGGGCGUCGACGAGAUGAUUCUGGUGUAUCCGCCCAGCAUGCCUCUCAACGACCAGCAGAUGCGCGAGGAGUUUGUCAACACCAUGUUGCGGACCAAGUCGAAGGCGCAGCGCGACACCAUCAUCGCCACGGGUCUGAUGCCCGUCGGCUACGGCAUCGACAUCCUGGCCACCUUCAUCUGGCCGUUCGGCGGGCUCGGCGAGAUCGACACCGUCUGGGCAUAUGCGUCCUUCCGCGGCGCCAAAACCGCCCGCAGCGUCACCAAACGUCUGUCAUCCAGCACCAGCGGGUCAGGGACAGGGAAUCACGGCCAGGAUGAUCAGCUGAAAUUGACCUUUACACAUUCGGCCCGCAUUGAAGUCUUGAAGCGAUACCUCGACGCCGAAUGCCACAAGGUCGACGCCAAACUGUUCCCCACCUACACGUCGCGGCCGACCGAGACCGACGUGCUCGAAGUCAUCGGCUGGACCCCCAGCGACAGAGGCGGCGCCGACCAAGAGGACAAAAAUUGGGAGGAUGAGCAGUGGGAGAUGGCCGAGGUCAAGGAUGACUUGAGGAGCGUGUUUAGUAAGGGGGCCCGCGAGUGGAGGAAAUGGUGUUUGUUGCUGGAGAAGAAUCCUGAGAAGGCCAUGAAGAAGUGA